UCAUCACGUGAGGACAGGGAAGUAGGUGCGCCAUGCACAAAGGAAGUCCACAAUCUGGAAAGGCAAUAUGCUGAUUGAGGAAUAUGAUCGCCUGUACACUGUUUUCAAUAGUGAUAACUUAGCAGACAACACAGUCGCAGUGUUCCCGGACGGUAGUCCAUCGAAGCGCCCCCGUGUGAAUGCUCCAAGUCCAGCCGAACCCGCAGGGGCGGCCCGCUCAAAAGUUGGCUUUUCUUUCGACCCUUCGGGACAGGCUGUUGCCUUUUUCGACGUGGCAGACGAGGACAAGUUCCCUCGCAGCCAGUGGGAGGACGACAGUGUGACAAGUGUUCAAGGAGCUACUUACAGGGACAGGGAACGAAAACCAACUUAUCUAAUUCGUCUACUCGAAAACUUUUGUGGAGUUGGGCAAACUGAUUUUUUCUUUGGGAAGGCGCAUGCAUCUGUCGUUUGGGAGCUCCUAUGGAGCGGUCGGAACAUUGUUGCGUUACAGGAUGAGGCGAAGAUGAUCGACUACCUUCACAAGUUCGUGAAGACACGCGUCGGGGACCCUCGCAACCAUUGCUCUUUUGUCCAGACCACAGGCGAACGAGACUGGGAUCCCAAACGUGAUAUGUAUUGGAAAUUGUCCGAGAGGAAAAUGAUGGAGGUUUGGGAGUUUCUUUUCCAACCAGGACCACCUGCUCAGACCGACCUGAAAUACAAUCGACGAAGAAACCUGGUGUUCGGUGUGCUGAAUGCUUACCACGGUGCACCCAAGGAGUCUGUCUCAAAUUUCCUGAAAAGGUUGGAGCAUGUUUUCUUCUUGAUGGCAGAACAACUAACCCUCGAGAACUACAAGGCGCAGUUUGACGAGGACGACCCUUUCGACGCUGAAGACAUGGAGGAGGUCAGCGACUUCGAAACCUUCGAUUUCGAGUCCGUGCCAUGUCCUCGGGUGGUGACACAGGUUCAUGAUGAAGGGGAAGGUGGUUCUCGGAGAUAUAGCACGUCCCCUGCCGGUUUAAAGCGUGCAUUUGAGCGCGAAACAAUCGAGGACCUAUCGUCUGAUGACGGGGAAGAAGAGCGAGACUAUGAAUACGCGCUUGCCGACAAACUCCCCAAGGACCAUGAUACCUGGGAGAAUGAUAAGCUCUUCUUCGACGGGAAGCACCACCGGUUAAGAGCAGAGGAUGUCUGGGGCCACAAUGGGAAUGGGUCGGGGGGAGAGGGUUCUGGAGAAAAUCGGUCUGCCGGAAAGGGGUCACGCGUAACGUCGUCUGGAUCAAAGGGGUCCGGCGGAAAGGGGUCCGGCGAAAAGGGGUCAGGCAGACAGGGGUCGGGCGGAAAGCAUAAAGCUUUCGGGAGUCGCGAGUCGAGGGGAUCUGAAAGCCACUGCGAAGGGAGUCGAGCUUCCGACAUGCGAGACGAGGCCGCCCUGAGGUCUUAUCAAGUGCGAGUAUAUUCGCACUUGUCUGCGAGGACUUUGUUUCAUGAUGCCAAGGAGAGUCCGUGCCACAGUACGCAGCCAGCGUAUCCUGUGGACAACACCUUGGUCCUGCACCCCUUGGAAGAAGGCGAACGUCUGCAGCGUACGGUGACAUCUCCUAAGCGACAAAACCAUUCCUUACUAGGAACUGCGUCUUCGGUUUGCCUGGAUGCCGGGAUGCCUGCAUUGCGAAGGAGCGAAGGUGUGAGCAUCAACUCCCUGAGCUCUAGGGAGCGCCGCAAAGUCCGAAUAGAUUUGGAGUUACCGAUGUCCCCCUGUGGGCCGUCCGCCGGCAGUGCUGCUCACGCUACAAUUCUGCAGGGCGAAGAAAAUGUGAGGUCCAACCCGCAACAUCUUCAAUUGGGCACAGUGUUCCCCUGCUCACCGUCGUUCUCAAUUGUUGUGACUCAAGACUGGCCGUCUCGCAAAGUGCUGGAGGGGCCUGCUGCAGGAGUGUUGGAGACCGGGGCUAGCGAGUGUCAAUGUCAUGCUUCAGAGGGUGCGUCCGUCGACUUUGAGAGCAAGAGUACAGCAGCUCCGGGGGAAGAGGAGCUCUCGCAGGAAGCGCAUGUUGUGCAGCGGGAAGAGGAGACUAAACACUGGCCGUCUCGCAAAGUGCUGGAGGGGCCCGCUGCAGGAGUGUUGGACACCGGGGCUAUCGAGAGUCAAUGUCAUGCUUCAGAGGGUGCGUCCAUCGACUUUGAGAGCAAGAGUACAACAACUCCGGGGGAAGAGGAGCUCUCGCAGGAAGCGCAUGUUGUGCAGCGGGAAGAGGAGACUCAACACUGGCCGCCUCACAAAGUGUUGGAGGGGCUCGGUGCAGGAGUGUUGGAGACCGGGGCUAGCGAGCAUCAAUGUCAUGCUUCAGAGGGUGCAUCCGUCGAUUUUGAGAGCAAGAGUACAACAACUCGGGGGGAAGAGGAACUCUUAUAGGAAGCGCAUGUUGUGUGGGAAAAGGAAAUUCUCCUGGGCUCAUCGGAAAAUACCAUCAA